GAUAUACGCGCGGCGGCAUGGGUACCGACUCGUGGUGGAGAAUGGGUCAAAAUACACACCGGAUAGACACCCCGCCUGGUUCAAGGUGCGGAUUCUGCAGGAGCAGCUGGCAUGCUGCUGCCAGUGGGCCUUCUUUGUCGACUCAGACGCCUACAUUCGCAUGAACCACCACCGCCUCUCAGUGGAAGCCUGGAUCCAAGCCAUCAAGCAACCCAACUACUUCAACUGGCUGCUGGAUGCGAAAUUGACAGAAUCACUGGACGGCCAGGUGUGGGUCCCACAGGACCCCGCUCUACUGCUACAGCCAGCCACCGCACGACAGCUGGAGGGACCUGUGGUUCUGAUGCCACGGAAUGGGGACUCGCAGGGUGGGUUUCAUGGGAGCGCCGACGUGCUGUUUAUGGAGCACCAGGACUAUUGCAAUUCGGGGGUGCUGCUCUUUAGACGGUCACUGGACACUUUCCAGUUCUUGAAGCAGUGGUACACGAUUACCGAAUCAGACGAGCACUAUCGAUACAAUCACGAAUGGGAGCAACCAAAACUGAACGCCGUAGCUCUCCAGGAGCAGUGGAAGGGGAAGGUGAUAGUGGUCCCGUUUGCGGAGCUCACAGGUCCCAACGGAGCCAUGGUUCGGCAUGUGUGGGGUGGCGUGCCUGAGGGAGCACAUCACAGGGUGUCAAUGGAGGCCUUGGAGGAGAUCAUGGGGUUUCGGCAGUGA